GCCGUCGGAGCAGAUGUUCCGCUUCAACAUUUGUCUUACUUGUUUCAUAUUUGAGCGCUUCUUUGUCUCCCUGAGAGCAACGGAAGCUGUGCCCCCAAAGCAGCUAGACAACCAAUGUGUGGGGCGGUGGUGUAAGCGAGCAACUGCGGGAAUGGCGUUAUCGUUGCAUACAGCCUUCACGAUGGGGACCAUCUGCUUGAGCGUUGGGCCUCCACCCAUAAUUACCUCUUGUCGGCUUGAGACGUGACACUGAAAAAGCGACGUCUUUUGAUGAUAUGGCCAAUUCAAUUUCACCCACAGUAAAAGCCAACGAUGGCGACGCCUCAGGCAACAAUCUCACUACAAUAGCAUCUGUUCCCAGCAAGCAUGGAGCUUUGUCGACGGUCAUAAGCUUGCAGCUUCGUGCAGGCGAAGAGAAGGAUGACAGUGCAGUGCCAGAGGUCAUCAUCAAGGAAGAUAAUCAGACACAGCCAUCCAUCCGCCCACACAAUACAAGCGACGAAGAAACGCACGUCAUCAUCUCUACCGGUUCUGGCACCGGAAAGGCAGGAAUCUUCUACGAAAAAGCUGUAAAGCCGAUUCUGGAGACGCUCUGGCCAGAAGGUCAUACAAACUUCCUCACCCACCGCACCGAAUCAGCAACUACUAUUCAGGAGCUCACCAACGACAUAUUCUUCCCUACGGCUAGCGCCGGUAUAAGCCUGCGAAUAGUACUGCUCACUGGAGACGGUGGUGUGAUCGACCUCGUAAAUGGUCUCCUGGCCCAACCAGUUUCUCCGACUUACAGAGCACCAACGGUGGUGUUGCUCCCACUCGGCACCGCCAACGCUCUAUACCAUUCCAUCAACGUUGAGAAUGCCCGUCAAGACACAUGGGGCCUGAAGGCACUGUGCCUCAACCCCUCCGAUGAGGCCCAUCGAAGACCUCUCCCCAUAUUCACCGCCUCAUUCUCCCCCGGCGCGCGCCUCCUUACCAACGAAGCCCGCGACGAAGAAGUCCUCCCUCAAGACCCCAAGAGCGGCCGCCCCAUUCUUCACGGCACUGUAGUCGCUAGCUGGGCCAUGCACGCCUCUCUCGUCGCCGAUAGCGACACCGCAGAGUACCGCAAGUUCGGCAUCGAUCGCUUCAAGAUGGCUGCGAAAGAAGCGCUCUACCCUGCCGACGGCUCACCGCCUCACCCUUACCGCGCUUCUGUAUCUGUACUACACGGCUCGGAUUGGCAGCCGCUCCCAGAAGAAGAACACAUGUACGUUCUCGCCACUAUGGUGUCGAACCUCGAGAAACCGUUCUGCAUAAGCCCGAAGACUAAACCGCUGGACGGCAGUCUGUGGCUUGUGCAUUUUGGGCCUACGAGUGGGGAUGAGGCUAUGAGGGUUAUGGGUCUGGCGUAUGCGGGUGGCAAGCAUGUCGAGGAUCCAAUGGUGAGGUACGAGGAGGUUGAUGGGCUGAGGAUUGAGUUUCAUGAGGAUGAGGGUAAGUGGAGGAGGGUGUGCAUUGACGGGAAGAUAGUGAGAGUUGAGGAGGGAGGUUGGGUAGAGAUUAGGAAGGAAGAGAGGAGGGUCUUGGAUGUCAUUGUUGAGUAAGUGGGAGAGGCCGGCACAAGUCGGGUUCAGGCAGUCUUCUGGCACGGAAUUCGCCCUUCAGUACUCAUCACCAACGGACCAGAAGCCCCCAGAGCUUACGCCUAAAGAGCUGAACGCAUGAAGUAUCACAGAAUAUACGUUAUCGCAUCA